GGCGCACAUGGCGGCUAUCACGAAUUUCCACCACAAGAAUAUGAUCAGACCCAAUACGCCACAGAGUUCGAAGAGGCUGGACUCGCUGACGAGUAUGCGUAUGAUCAGCCUCAUGUGCCUCAGAUGUACGGCCCCCUUCCCGGUGGCGUACCACCGAAUGUACCAUAUCCACAGCAAUUUCAAUUUUUCAAUCAGCUUCCGUUCCAUGGGAUGGAUGAUAUUGGGUAUCAGUACGAGACACCGUUCCAUACCAUGAUGCCAGGUCCUGUGCCACAGGAGGACGUCAGGAACAAUCUUGUAGGACUGCCCCCCUCAGUGCCUCAGACUCACAUGGGCCCAACCUUGCCCCCCGCCCCAACUACAGAGACCACCAACCCGAUGACGACGAGUUUACGGAACAGUCCCGCGUACAGGAUGUCGGAAGUUAGCGGUCCCUCAAUGCUAAGUCCAUUGAACACAAGCGGUGUGACUGUACACAGCCACUCUCAAGCGACGCCCCUAAACAGGGCGUCUCAGAGCCCAGGCUUUUACGGCCCGGAUUCUAUGACAGCAACGAGCUCCCGGCGAUCCCCAAUAUCACCAUCGCAGAAACGUCCCUUGGAAUCUUCAGUGGACGAUACGCUGGUGUGUAAUAUCUUGAAUUUGGUGAGGAUAUCGUUAAUAGCAUCGUCCAGCAUGGACGGAGGGUUGCACCACGCAUCGCCGGCGCCUCUAAUGUCUACUAUGUGCCGUCGUCUGGAGGGACUAGUAUCAGUGCCUCGUCGAUCUCAUCAA